AUGGACCCACCUACGGGAGGGCCCGAACCCCCUCCCACAAACACCCAAGAAACGCCCAUCAGCUUCUCGGUGGAAGAUUUCCAGCCCAGAGUAAACAUCGGAUCCCCCGGAUCGCCUACCGAAAGCCGUAAGCGAACGCGGAGCGGUGAUGCGUUUGCACCAUCGGAGAACUCGGGUCGAGUCACCACCAAGGAGGUGUGGAAACUCAUAGGGACCCUGAAAGACAUUAUCCGCCAUCAAACCGCGGUCAUCGAAUCCACUCAUAACGAGCUACAGGAGAUCAAACACAAUCAACAUGUUCUGCAAGAACAGAACGAGAAGCUCCAUGAGGAAGUGAAAGCGUUACGAGCACAGGUUGAAAGCGCCCCUGCAGUCACCGCGACUAGGACUUGGGCGGCAGUCGCAGCCACUGGCGAUAAUGCCACACCCUCGCUGAACCACCAGAAACCCGAGAAAGAGCAAAACUGCGUCCGAAUCAGCACCCAGAGAGCCUUUGUAGACCCAAGAGAUAAUGACAACAACGACGGAAACGCUUUUGGGCGAUAUCUCCCCACAGAUACCGUCAACACCCACAUCCGCACAGCAUUGCAGAGCGACGCUGCAACACAAGACGCCCAAGUGGUUGGAAUUGGCACCACCAAAACCGGCUAUCUCAUUCGAUUCAAGAACGUGGAGUCGGCUCAGGUGGCUCGCAACAACACUGAGUGGCUACAUAAAUUGGGCAACAACACGAAGCUGGUUAAACCACGUUUCGGUGUUGUAGUACACCGCACCCCCACCGAGGAAUUCAACCUGGAAACAGGUGCUACCCAGGCAGCAGAGAAAAUCAUCGAAGACAACGACCUGGCAGAACACGGUUUCCACAUCGAAGAACUGGCUUGGAUGAAAGCGAAGGACAAGGCCCUAGGGAAAUUUGCAUCGUUGGGAAUCUGGUUCGACUCCGCAGAGGGAGCAGAACAUAUGCUCCGUAGCGGUUUCGUUGUUAGCCAACACUACAUCCCCCAGGUUGAACGACGCGAGAUCAAGAAAAAGAGAUGUUUCCGGUGUCAACGGUUCGGACACCUACCGAUGCUAGAGAAGAAUCUCCGCAUCCUACAGUUGAACAUGAUGAAAUCGGGACCGAGGAUGGAGGCGCUGAUCAACGAUCCCCAGAGCCUAGAGCUGGACGUUCUGCUGAUCCAGGAGCCAUCUAUUACCACCUACCGCACGCAUAUCAGCCACAGCGCCUGGCGGCUAUACCGACCUACAACUCAGACCGAUGCCGUUCGGUUUCGCAGCUUGCUCUAUGUCAAUCGAAGAAUCUCUACCUCAUCACAUUGCCAACUACCGUGCGACCACCCAGAUGUCGCGGCCAUCAAGAUCUGGACAGCCGACUCCCAAACGCUGGUAUUUUCCGUCUACAUACCUCCAGUACCACUUUUCACGGGCGACGACUCGUCAGCAUUACCAGCCCUCACGGCGAUACAAAACUCUAUCACAACCGCCACACAACAUGAGCAGCGCGCGACCAGCAUUAUUGUUUCCGGUGAUUUCAACCGACACCAUCCAAUGUGGGGCAACAACUAUAUCGCUCCUAGAUUCAUUGAAGACGCUAGCGACCUAAUCGAUUUCUUCCAAGCCCACAACCUCCACAGUUGUCUCCCUCGAGGGACGGCGACUUACUGGGCAUUCAACAACCCCGGACAGAACUCGACCAUUGACCAGACGGUAACAGAUAGCCCGGACUUGCUAGUCAAAUGCCAUCUGUAUCACGAAAACUAUGGAUCCGACCACCGUGCCACCUACUCAGAAUGGAACCUUCAACCCCGGAGCAGGCCAAAGACCAAAGCAAGGAAGGCGUAUGAGCGCGCGGACUGGACCAGGAUCGGCGAGGAAGUAGCCCGACAGAUGAACCCAUGGAAGCAGAUCAAGACCCGGCCAACACUCGACCGGGUAGUGGAAAACCUUACAGCGGCGACGGCCCAGGCGGUCGACCGGUUCACACCCGACACAUGCCCCACGCCAUACUCCAAGCGAUGGUUCACGCCAGAUCUUAAGACCCAACAAGUCGAAGUCAACCAACUACGUAGGAGGUGGCAGGCAAACUGCGCCGAGCUGGGAAGAGAGCACGCUAACACCACGGCUGCCUUCGAAGCUAUGCAGCAGAAACGACGAGCGUGGACGAGGACCAUCGAGAAAGCCAAGUCCUCGCACUGGAAGCAGUUCCUAGACGAAGCUGGUGAAGGGAAGCUCUGGAAGGCCGCGACAUACAUGAAGCCCCGAGAGACAUGGGAUUGCGUCCCAGCACUGCGAGUGGGCUCGGAGGAGUGCACGCAAAACGAAGACAAAGCGAAGGCAUUCCUAGAUGCGUUCUUCCCCGCCAUGAAUCCACCCGAGUUCAGCCCACCUACCACACCGGCGACGGAACUCCCGUGGCACCCGAUCACAGAAUCGGAGAUUGAGCGAUCACUGAAAGCAGCCAAAGGGAAUACAGCGCCCGGGGAAGAUACCUUACCGAUGCUGGUUUGGAAGAAGCUUUGGAGGCAUCUGAAGGCCUUUAUUGUUAGCAUCUUCACAGCGAGUGUAGAGCUAGGGCACCAUCCGAGACAGUGGAGGAGCGCAAAAAUCAUCGUGUUACGAAAACCAGGCAAGCCUGAUUACUCGAAACCUGGUGCGUACCGCCCAAUCUCACUUCUCAACACGCUUGGCAAGCUCCUGGAGGCAGUGAUGGCCCGACGGUUGUCCUAUGUGGCGGAGAAGCACGGCCUGCUACCAAACAGCCAGUUCGGCGGACGGCCGGGUAGGACCACCGAGCAAGCCCUACUAGUGCUGUCCAGUGCGAUCGACAAAGCCUGGUACAAGCACAAGGUGGUGACCCUAGUCGCCUUCGACCUCAAAGGUGCCUUCAACGGAGUAAAUAAGACAAGCCUGGAUGCGUCGCUGCAGGCAAGACGGAUCCCUAUUGUGGCCAGAAAAUGGAUUGCAAGCUUCAUGAGCGACCGGCACGCCAACAUUGGGUUUGACGACUUCCGUACCGAGACACAGUCGCUAGCGAACGCAGGUUUAGCGCAAGGGUCACCACUCUCCCCCAUCUUGUUUGCAUUCUUCAACGCCGACUUGGUCGACCAGCCCGUCGACUCCCACGGAGGCGCGUCAGCGUUCAUUGACGACUACUUCCGAUGGCGAGUGGGCCGCUCGGCCGAGGAAAACUUAACCAAGAUACAGUCCGACGAUGUCCCUCGUAUCGAAGAAUGGGCGCGGCGAACUGGAUCCUGCUUCGCGGCGGAGAAAACCGAGCUUAUCCACCUCACCAGAAAGAGGGGAGAGCACAUGGAAGGACGAAUCAUCUUCGAUGGGGCCGACGUCAAGCCAUCGCCUACAGCCAAAUUGCUGGGGGUGGUGUUCGACCAGGGACUUCGCUGGAAGGAGCAUGUCCAGCAGGCUAUCAAGCGCGCCACCAAAACAGCAAUCGCCUUAAGUGGACUACGACACUUGCGCCCAGAGCAGAUGCGACAGCUCUACCAAGCAUGUGUUGCGCCUAUAGUGGACUACGCAUCGACGGUCUGGCAUGACCCGCUUCGGGACAAAGUUCACAUCCGACACUUGAACACAGUCCAGAGAACCGUGCUGAUCAGAAUCCUGUCGGCGUUCAGGACGGUAGCAACCGCGACCCUAGAGGUUGAAGCCUAUAUACUUCCCACGCACCUUCGCCUUCGCCACCGAGCGCAGCGCACGAUUGCGAGACUGCAUACUCUACCUCGCGACCAUCCCAUUUGGAGUGCUCUGUCAAGAGCCCAGAACCGUAGGAACAAUGUCGGAUCAUACGCCCGCUUCCCAUUAGCAGAAGCGCUGAAGACCAUGGACGUCGACAGGCUCAAUGAGCUGGAAACGAUUGACCCACGCCCGCUGCCCCCGUGGCGCCCGGACGCCUUUACGGAAAUCGAACUCGAACACGACCGGGAAACAGCCAGAGAAAGAGCAAAGGUUGCAAGGAACACAUCGGAUAUUGUCGUCUACUCGGACGCCUCUGGGCGCGAGGGUCAUCUAGGAGCCGCCAUUGUCGCACUCAACGACAAUGAUGAGGUGACGGAAUCUCAACAGGUGCAAGUGGGGUCGAUGGAACGGUGGUCAGUUCAUGUGGCGGAACUCAUGGGGAUCUUCUACGCGGUCAGCAUGGCAUUCAAGUUGGCUCACCAACGCUCAGUCGUCGGAAACAAUGUACACGCAACAGCAACAAUCCUUUGUGAUAGCAAAUCAGCUUUGCAAGCAAUCCAGAACGUGAGAAAUAGAUCGGGGCAACGAAUCAUCCAUGCGAGCCUCCAAGCAGCCACCGAGGUUCAAGCAAGACACAUCACCCUCCGCCUCCAAUGGAUGCCAGGACAUUGUGAAAUAGUCGGGAACGAGGCCGCGGAUCGACUCGCUAAAGAAGCCGCGCAACCGGGCAAAACCCAUCCUUUCCGACCGCUGCUGACGAGAGAAAACGCAUUUCUCCGCAGCAGGACCCAUGCUCAGUGGGAGCAGGAGUGGAGGUUAAGCACCAAAGGCGCGCAUUUGCGGAAAGUGGACGGCGCGCUACCAGCGAGGUACACCAGAAAACUGUACGGGAACUUGCCCAGGAACCGAGCAUAUUUGCUCACUCAGCUACGCACGGGCCACAACUGGUUAUCCACCUACGCCAAGAAAUUUGGCUUCCACGACGAUGAUCGAUGUGAGUGCGGCGGGCAGGAGACGGUCAGCCACGUGUUACUGGAAUGUCCAAAUCUACGAGAGUUGCGGAUAGAAUUAAGAAGAAAUGUUGGGGACGCGUUAAACAGCGUGUCGAGUCUGCUGGGAGGCUCAAACGAAGGUGAGAAAGGUAACCCAGACACCGCCUCAAGGGCGAAGACGGUUCAGGCCGUAUUGGACUUCGCCGAGGCGUCACAGCGGUUUCGCAGUCGUGCGCCACAAGGGCAGCCUAACAACGGGAGCGGCAAUGGGCCAGGGUAG